CGGCGUUUGCUACUCUGCUGCGGUUUUCCUCCUCCCCGCGACCCAUCUCCCUUCGCUCCCCCAGCGCCCGCCGCUCUCCACGCGGUCGGCCCGUGCUCCGCCCUCCACGCUCCCCUGCCCAGCUGCAGCUCGAGUCCGGCUGGUGCGGCAGCACCCUCCCUUCCCACGACUUCUCUGUUCUCUCUCAGCCUUGGUCUUCCUUUUCUAGCGGCGACGACAGGUCGAGUUGCUCUGCCCGUUGUUCGUCGAGCGACGGGCGCUUCGCCGGCGACGAACAUCGUCCGACAGGGGUUUGCACUGAUCGUUAUGGUGAAUGAAAGUGUACAGAAAGAUCGUGAUGUUGAUGGAAGCCCACCAACUUCUCGGGUUCCAGAAAUUAAGUUACGGCACAAUUUUUGUUUGGGAGAUGUAACAUGGGUUAAGCUUGAUGGAUCUUCAUGGUGGCCAGCCCAGGUCAUUGAUGAAUCAUGUGUUGGUAGCAAGCCUAAGAAGAAAGACAAGUAUGAUUGCCUAGUUCGGCUUUAUGGCACAUGUCAAUACUUGUACGUAGAUCCUUGGAAGUCUAACUCAGAGUUUGAAAUGAUGCUAAAACAAGAAAACAAGAGCGCAAUGGAAACAUUCCGUGAGGUGAUUGAGAAGGAGCUGUCUUGUGAUAACUCGCCCAGUGUUUAUGAUGAGGAAGCUGUCAACUCAAAAGGUGGUUCCACCAAAGGGACCUCAAAGAAGAACUCGUCUAGAAAAGUCAGAAAACAAGGUUUGAAGCCACAAUAUAGUGAAGAGGAAGACCAAGAUGUUGGGAGCACUGAAACUACUGGAGUUACUGCUCGGAAAAGGAAGGGUGGACGUCUGAGACAAUCAAGUUCUACUUAUGAUGCCAUUGACAAAGCUUCUAGUGAAAGUUCAGCUGAAGGUUUAAGGAAUAAGAGACAGAAGCAUGGUGUUCAAAGUGCUUCAGUGGACAGAAGGGAAGGAUUGAGACGAUCAGCUCGUUCUGAUGCCAAGCAAUACUUGGAUGCAGCUGAAGACAGUUCAGAACCACUCACUGAUAGGCAUGCAGGUGAAGAUGCAACUGGAGCUUCAAUGCUGGAUGGAACUUCAGCUCCUCAUACUGAAAUAAAAGCUAUGGUCAGGGAUAUUCUGUUCAAAGAUAUUAUUGACAGGGAGCAUGAUGCUGAAAUGGCUUACGUGGAUGAAGUGAUUAAUGGAAUUUGUGGUGCUACUGAGGACAUCAUGAGUGGUGGUGCUACUGCUUCUACGAAGGGUGGACGAGGCGUCAAGCAGAGUGGUAGUGGAGUUGAGGGUGAGUCAAGCAAUGUCAGGCAAAGGCGUAGAGAUGAAGCAACUGAGGACUCCUUGCAAGCAACAAGUCCAGAAACCAAGAAAGGGAAUACCGAUACGACCCAUAGCAGGGAAGCAGUGGUGAAGACACCGGGGCAACUUAGCGCGCGCCAGAUCAGGAUCAUGCAAAGUCUCGGCCUGAUUGCUCCAUCCGGAUCUCCAUUCGGCAGGGACAGAGCAGUUGCAACCACCAAUCAACAAUUCUGAAUCUCUUGCGACGACCUCCAAAACAACUAGGUUCAGCGAACGAUUGCUAACAUUUUGCAGUCAUCGGCUCGGUGCACAAUGCCUGGUGCGGCUGGUAGCUCCAUCUCCAUGGGAUAUUGAAUUUGAGUCGCUGCUGGCAUUCAGCUUUUGAGGAACCGCCUAUUUAUGGUGCCUUAUGUACCGGAUUACAUAGCAAUUGUUGCUAUUAUCUACAGAAGACUUAUAACUGAUUGUAAUUGCUAUGCAAGCUCGAUGAUCGUUCAGUACUUCUGCAACUGCAGCUGCGCAAAAUUGGCAAAAUGUGGUGCCUAUUGAAUUCUUAUUUGACA